AUGAGCAAGGAAACGAUCACCACCAAAGUGGAGGCCUCGCGGGUGAACGCGAUGGCCGCCGUGCGCGACUACAAGGUGUGCCCCCGGCUCGAGUACAAGACAAUUUCGGGCGUGCAAGGGCCGCUGGUCAUCAUCGAAGACGUGAAGUUCCCCAAGUACUCGGAAAUCGUGACCAUCCACCUGAGCGACAAUUCCACGCGGCAAGGGCAGAUACUGGAGGUGUGCGGGAAGAAGGCAGUCAUCCAGGUGUUCGAGGGAACCAGUGGGAUAGACAAUAAAAACAGCUACGUGGAAGUGAGUGGGGACAUUUUGAAAAUGCCAAUGAGUGACGAAAUGUUGGGGAGGGUAUUCAAUGGUAGUGGAAAGCCAAUCGAUAAGGGUCCUAACAUUUUGGCGGAUGAUUACUUAGACAUCAAUGGCAAUCCGAUCAACCCCCAGUGUAGAGUGUAUCCAAAGGAAAUGAUUCAGACGGGGAUCUCCACCAUUGAUGUGAUGAAUAGCAUCGUUAGAGGACAGAAGAUCCCAUUGUUCAGCGCAGCAGGGUUACCCCAUAACGAAAUAGGCGCACAGAUAUGUAGGCAGGCCUCUCUCGUACAAGGGAAAGAUGUGUUGGAUCACUCGGAUGACAAUUUCGCAGUCGUAUUUGGUGCCAUGGGAGUGAAUAUGGAAACUGCUCGAUAUUUCAGACAAGAUUUUGAAGAGAAUGGGAAAAUGGAAAGAGUCUGUUUAUUUUUAAAUUUAGCAAAUGACCCAACCAUCGAAAGGAUCCUCACUCCAAGGAUAGCACUGACGACAGCUGAGUACCUCGCGUUUGAAAAAGAAAUGCACGUUUUUGUAAUAUUGACAGAUAUGUCCUCCUAUGCUGAUGCGCUCAGGGAGGUCUCAUCUGCCAGGGAGGAAGUGCCAGGCAGGAGAGGCUACCCAGGUUAUAUGUACAGUGACCUCUCCACGAUAUAUGAGCGAGCUGGUAGAGUUGACGGAAGAAAUGGAAGCAUAACGCAGUUCCCCAUUUUGACUAUGCCCAAUGAUGAUAUUACCCACCCCAUUCCGGAUCUCACAGGGUACAUUACAGAGGGGCAGAUCUUCGUCGAUAGAAAUUUAUAUAACAGGCAGAUUUACCCUCCCAUCAAUGUGCUGCCUUCUUUGUCGAGGCUUAUGAAAAGUGGCAUCGGGCAGAACAUGACGCGAAUUGACCACCCCUAUGUCUCCGAUCAGCUGUAUAGUAAUUAUGCCAUUGCGCAGGACGUGAAGGCCAUGAAGGCAGUCAUCGGGGAGGAGGCCCUCUCUAACGAUGAUAUAUUAUAUUUGGAGUUUUUGGACAAAUUCGAGAAGCGGUUUAUCACGCAGAACACCUACGAGUGCAGGGACAUUUACCAGUCGCUCGACAUCGCCUGGGAGCUGCUGCGCAUUUUCCCCGAGGACAUGCUCAAGAAGAUCAAGUCCGACGUCCUCUCCAAGUACUACCCGCGCCACCACGCAGGUUAGGCGGUUAAGCGGCGAGGAAGCGGGGAAGUGAAGCAGCGGAGAAGCCGCCCCAUCUCGAUGAAGCAAUCGCGGCGGUGGAAUGGACGCUUGGAUGGGCGCUUCGAUGGCUCUCCGGGGGACAAACCGCGCAACUGCUUAGUUGAAGUCUCACGUGAGUGUUCGCACCCACCUCCUGAUGGACCCCCCGCCAAAACAUGCCGCGCUCCUGCCCCCUAUCAGCCCACUCCAAUAGGUGUUACGUGUGCAUAUCGCAAUAUGGGUGCAUUUGUUUUUUUUUUAUUUUUUAUAAUACUUCCCCGGGGGGGGGACUUUUCCCUUUAUGCCGCCUCAGCGAAGGUAGGACAUACAGACGUGCACGUAUAUGUGCCUACUGCAGGUAUGUCUAACUGCCCUUUUCCAUUUUAUUUCUUUUUCCUCACCACGUUUUAUUGUCCUUUUCUCCCCCCCUUUUUGUAACAUUAGCCCCUCCCUUUUUUUUUACUACUCCCUUUAUGCAUAUUCGUCAGCCCAUGGUUCUCUUCUCCCCUUUUUAAUUUUUGUUUAAUACGUUUUUAAUUUUAUAAACCAA